AUGGUCUGGGUGCCUAGUCGAAGACAAGCCCAACGGACCGCUCUCGAUCUUAUCACUAUGACUGCAGCCUCGAACCUUACAUUAUCUGGUGGGAAUGGAACCACCGGCGGCGGAGUUACUGGAAGUGGUGGCGGAACUGGCAGUGUAGGAGCUUCUAGUGGCUCAUCUGUCACAGCAGGGGGUGCUGGAGUAAUUACUGGGUCCAAUUGUCCUGGCAGUAACGUCGGUGGCCGCUUCUUACCUAUCUCCGGUCAUCUCGAAGAGGCACUUUCCAAGGCAGCAGAUCAAAUAUCUGACCGUGCUUUGGCUGAAGUGGUUCGCCAUGGUGGCGGCAUCGCUUUUUUGCAUGAAGCCAUUAAUCGGACAGACCGUCGCCUCGUGGAAGCUCUUUUCGCUGCUGGCGCUUUACAAACAGUGAUUAUUUCACACCACCUUUGUUGGUCUGCUGCCUCCACAGCUCAGAUGACAGCCUACCUAGUCGUAGUGAUGGACACACAGGCUGGUUAUCUACUUUGA